CCCGAGACUCAAACACAAGUCUAUAUUAUAAAGGAAAGAAAGAAAAACUUUCCUAAUUGGAUCAUACCAAAGUCUGAGCUCUUCUUUAUCUCUCUUCUUGUAGUUUCUUGUUUUGUUUGGUUCUUUUAGAGGAAAUUGUUCCUUUAAAAGGGAUAAAAAUGGGAAGGGGUAGGGUUCAGUUGAAGAGGAUAGAGAACAAGAUCAAUAGACAAGUGACAUUCUCGAAAAGAAGAGCUGGUCUUAUGAAGAAAGCUCAUGAGAUCUCUGUUCUGUGUGAUGCUGAAGUUGCGCUUGUUGUCUUCUCCCAUAAGGGGAAACUCUUUGAAUACUCCACUGAUUCUUGUAUGGAGAAGAUACUUGAACGCUAUGAGAGAUACUCUUACGCCGAGAGACAGCUUAUAGCACCUGAGUCCGACUCCAAUACGAACUGGUCGAUGGAGUAUAAUAGGCUCAAGGCUAAGAUUGAGCUUUUGGAGAGAAACCAGAGGCACUAUCUUGGGGAAGACUUGCAAGCAAUGAGCUCUAAGGAGCUCCAGAAUCUAGAGCAACAGCUUGAUACUGCUCUUAAGCACAUCCGCUCUAGAAAAAACCAACUUAUGUACGACUCCAUCAAUGAGCUCCAAAGAAAGGAGAAAGCCAUACAGGAACAAAACAGCAUGCUUUCCAAGCAGAUUAAGGAGAGGGAAAAGGUUCUUAGGGCGCAACAAGAGCAAUGGGACGAGCAGAACCAUGGCCAUAAUAUGCCUCCGCCUCCACCCCCCCAGCAGCAUCAAAUCCAGCAUCCUUACAUGCUCUCUCAUCAGCCAUCUCCUUUUCUCAACAUGGGGGGGCUGUAUCAAGAAGAAGAUCAAAUGACAAUGAGGAGGAACGAUCUCGAUCUGUCUCUUGAACCCGUUUACAACUGCAACCUUGGCUGCUUUGCCGCAUGAAGAAGAUCAAUUGACAAUGAGGAGGAACGAUCUCGAUCUGUCUCUUGAACCCGUUUACAACUGCAACCUUGGCUGCUUUGCCGCAUGAAGCAAUUCAAUAAUAAUAUUUAUAAUCAUCAAUAAUAAAACAAUAUGAGCUACAUAUAUAUUUUGGCGAGCCCUUUUUAUCCAACUAAUUAAUAUAUGUGGGCAAGCUCCAUGUUCAUAUAAUUAGCAAGUUCCUAUUUUGUCUC